CUUCCUUUACAAAGCUGCUUCAAGGAGAGCUCUCUUUCUCACUAUCGUUUCUCUCAGCAAUGGCGACUCCGAGAAAAACCUCGCUUCUUCUCGGCCUCGUCGCCUUGUCUCUCCUUUCGAUCGCAUCUGCAGAGAUUUUCUUCGAAGAACGCUUCGACGAUGGAUGGGAAAACCGAUGGGUCAAAUCUGAUUGGAAGAAAGAUGAGAAAAUGGCUGGUGAUUGGAAUCACACUUCUGGUAAAUGGAAUGGAGACCCCAAUGACAAAGGAAUCCAAACCACUGAAGAUUACAGGUUCUAUGCCAUUUCGGCAGAGUUCCCUGAGUUCAAUAACAAGGACAAGACCCUGGUUUUUCAAUUCUCGGUAAAACAUGAGCAGAAGCUUGACUGUGGUGGUGGCUACAUGAAGUUGCUUAGCGGUAAAGUUGAUCAGAAGAAUUUUGGUGGUGAGACCCCUUACAGUAUCAUGUUUGGACCAGAUAUCUGUGGGUACAGCACCAAAAAAGUCCAUGCUAUUUUUACACGCAAUGGAAAGAAUCACUUGAUCAAGAAGGAUGUUCCUUGUGAGACUGACCAACUUACACAUGUUUACACUCUCAUCGUUCGGCCAGAUGCUACUUACAGCAUCCUCAUUGAUAACAAUGAGAAACAAUCCGGAAGUCUGUAUACUGAUUGGGACAUUCUCCCACCAAAGACAAUCAAAGACCCUGAAGCUAAAAAGCCGGAAGAUUGGGAUGAUAAGGAAUAUAUUCCUGACCCUGAAGAUAAGAAGCCAGAGGGGUACGAUGACAUUCCCAAAGAGAUUCCCGAUGCUGAUGCAAAAAAGCCAGAGGACUGGGAUGAUGAAGAAGAUGGUGAAUGGACAGCUCCAACCAUUCCGAAUCCUGAAUACAAGGGUCCAUGGAAGCCAAAGCAAAUUAAAAACCCCAACUACAAGGGAAAAUGGAAGGCUCCAAUGAUUGACAAUCCAGAUUUCAAGGAUGAUCCUGAUAUUUAUGUCUACCCCAAUUUGAAAUAUGUAGCCACUGAGCUGUGGCAGGUGAAAUCUGGAACCCUCUUUGACAAUAUUUUAGUUUGUGACGAUCCAGAAUAUGCAAAGAAAUUUGCAGAAGAAACAUGGGAAAAACUCAAAGAUGCCGAGAAAGCAGCAUUUGAUGAGUUAGAGAAAAAGAGAGAAGAAGAGGAAAGAAAGGAAGAUCCUGUUGAUUCAGAUGAUGAGAAAGAGGAUGAUGCUGAUGCUGAUGCUGAUGCUGAAACAGAUGUUGAUGCUGAAGCGGGUACAGAUGACAUCGAUGAUGAUGUGCAUGAUGAGCUUUAGAGAGAGAGAGAGAGAGAGGCGCUCACAGUGCAAUUAGGACAUUCGGUUUAGAAUUGGGUUUGAGUUGGUUUAAGUACCCUCUCCUCCCCCCUUUCAGAAUUGUUUUGAUGUAGGGAUCUUUUCAUAAGCUAAAAAAAAAACAGUUAGCCAUACACAACAUGCAUGGUUGAUAUCAUCACGCCAUUGGAGUCUUUGGAUGAAAAGGAAUUGUUUGUGCUGAGCUAAAAAAAAACAGUUAGCCAUACACAACAUGCAUGGUUGAUAUCAUCACGUCAUUGGAGUCUUUGGAUUAAAAGGAAUUGUUUGUGCUGAUUAGCUCAGACAUAACGAAAUAAUAGGAGAUGAUAACAUCAGCUACUGCAUUCUGCAAAUUUCA